AAAAAUUUCCAAUAUCGACAAAACAAAUGCCGCGUGGUGCCAUGUAGAGGGGCAAUCUUCCUUCUGACAAUCCAGCAUCGAGUAAUGCUGAAACACAUCCUGACGGGGCAACCGUCGUCAGCGGGCUCCAGGCACCAGCACAAUGAUUAUCAAGCGAGCUCGGGCUCGUUGCACGGCGGCCACCAUCAUCACCAUCAUUCCAGUCACCAACAGGAUCAGCAGCAACACCUUCAUUACAACCAAAGCAGCAACGUUCGUGGAACAGGAAGCCAAGGACGGGGGGUCGACGUUUACGACUCUGUAGUCCAUCAGAGAGGGAACGUGCAUCAAGCUGCCACGACGCCAUCGUCCACUCACAGACACCCUCUGAAUCAUUCCCAAUUGAGCGUGAACAAUCUGUCCCAACGAUUAAAUCAUUCCCAUGCCCUUAACUUGUCCACGUUGUCCACGUCGAAGCAUUCGGUGAAUAGUGUUAGUCCUGUCGGUGGUGGAAACAACAACAACAACAACAACAACAAUAACAAUAAUAACAACGUGUCGACUUUGGGGCACACAGUAGUAUCCCAGGUGCCGUUGCAUCAAGAUAGCAGACCCAAAGCGAAUGGAGGCUUCGAUAUUUCAAGACUGUCCAGGUUACCCAGUCAGACGACACCUUCACCUGCACCUGUUCUCCAAGGUACGACUGUCGGCGGUCAGUUGACCGGUGCUGGUUCCACGGCGUUCCCGUUGAACGCCUCCUGGUCCUCGUCCCUAUCGAGGAAUCACAAAGACCACGAGUCCGGAGCGAAAGAGACGUUGACCAGUUUAGGCUUGUUGUGUCUGGUGUCGUUAUUAUUGGCACUACUCUCGUUAAUCUUCUUGCUGAAGAUUUCACCGUUAACGGUGACGCCGAGUAGCCUGAUCAGCCCGGAGGAGUAUACGAUUGUGUACGAGGUGACAUUGGCGCUGUGCGCCCUCGCCCUCUCCUUGAAUCUUUGUUGUCUCCUCGUUUGCGCUAUACAGUUCCUCUUCACAGUGAAGCUUGUUAAGACUUCGUAUCAAGGGCACUGGAGUAACAAGUACCUGCAAAAAUCAUCCAUCAGCCGGAUAUGUGCUGUCGGAGGAUUUUUCAUUAGCAUUCCUGUUUUUCUAACUGGUAUGAUAUUGUACACAUUCAUCCAGUUUCAUUCAACACCGGCAAUCGUCACGUCCGUUUUUAUAGGUCUUGGCAUUGUGUUUUGUGGAUGUGCAAUGGUUCAUAACGUCUUCGUGUGGCAGAGGGAGAAGACGAACGCCGUGAAAGCGUUAGCGCGUGAACAAUGUGAAGCGGCAGUACAAUUGCAGCGUCAACAGCAAUUACAGCAGCACCAAAAUCAACCUCAAUUGCAACAACAACAACAACUACGUGGACCAUUGACUAUCCACUAUGCUGGCUGUCCUACAAAAGUUGGCUCUGUGACAAAUCAACUAAAUGCCAGUCAUACAAUACACAGUCGUGCGACACAAUACCAACAUUAUCAUCAUCAUCAUCAUCAUCGACACGUGUCAAUGUCCCCACCACCCUUGUUGCUUUCAUCGCCAGCUUCGAUCGCAGCGACGCACAAUCAUUUAAAUGUGAGCGGACAUAGAAACAUAGUUACGCCACCAGAUACACCGGCAGAUAGAUCGCCACCAAGUCCUGGAAAUAAAUUGAAUAGAUCGCAACAUUUGCCGCGGGAAACGACCGGCAGUGUUAGCCCUGGACUUCCAGCUGCCACAUUGGAUUUAAGUAGUGCAGCAACUACUAAUAGUCCUCAUGAAUUGUCUACAUUGGUUUAAAAUCUUGAUUCAAAGAUUGUUUUUAAUGUAGAAUUGAAGAUUAAUGAUUGAUUAUUAGUUUCCAAAUUAAAUUUUGAUUAAAGAGAAAAAUAUUUAAAAUUAUUUUUAAAAUUAUAGACUCAUUUCAAAAUUUGGAUGAUAUUAAUUUAAUUGGUAGAAUAAUCGGUUUUUAAGUGAACGGUAUGAUUAAAUGAUUAGUUCGUUUCUUUUCCUACAGUGGGCACUAGUAUACAAUAUAGUAUACAAUAUCAUUUCUGUGGUUUCCCGGUUAACCUGUUGCUUAUAGGAUUAUGUAAUCUUGUUGUUUAAUACUUGUAUUUUGUAAAUUUUUUAAUUAUUUUGGAUUUUUAUUCAGUUUUCUUAAAGAACUUUUCUUAAAAAAAAAAAAAACGAGUUGAAUAAGCAUAAAUUCCAAGCAUCGGGAAUAUGGAAUAAUUGUUUCAAUUGACAAAUUCCGUCAAUUAGAUUUUUUAUAAUGAAGUUUAUUAUAGAAAGAAAAACAAUUUAAUGAUAAGAGGAAAAAAGAGGGAAAAAAGAUUAUUAUGAGAAAUAGAAAAACAAAAAAGAAAAUAAAAUUGUUUGUUAAUAUUAAUUACAAAUAAAAUAAUUUUUAAGAAAACGUCCAAAAGACGUAACGAAAGGAAUAAUUAAUUUAUAUUUGCGUGUAUCUUGCCAUUACCAUUUUAUUACUAUUAUUGAUAUUGUUAAUAUUACUUAAUUACUAUUAUUAUUAAUAUUAAUAUUGUUACUAUUAUUAUCAUUAAUGUUAUAAAACUUCUAGUCCUAGGUUACUUUCGCCUUCACGAAAGAAUAAUUUUUUACUGUUGCGCGUAAUUCAGCGAUUAUAGAAUUCUCGUUGUGCAUGCACAGUAGAAAGAAAAUUGGCGAAGUGCAAAUCUUGAACUAUAAAGAGUAAAAAAUAUAUGUAGAUGUACAAGAAGAACUUUGUAUUGGUAUUAUAUAAAAUUUAAAUUUUAUGAC